AUGAGCGCACCAUACGCCUCCUCCGACCAUGGCAUCGGUUUUGAGGACGACGACGACGACGCCCGUGACCAUGGCCCACCCGACAUGAUGCUCGGUGACGAGGAGGACCGCUUCGAGGUCUUUAUGCCUGCCGUCCAGUCCCUCGUCAACGCGCUGGGUGGCUACGAGCAGGUCCUCAACCAUGACACUCGCCACUUUGAAACCAUAUACCGUCCCGGUGACUCGGUUCUGCCCGUCCUCAAGGACCUGAAGAAGCUAUGGCGUAAAGACGAUACCGACGACGAGCGCACAGUGGCGAGGUGCAUGGCCAAGGCGGGUCUCAUGAAGGAACUGCUGGCACUCGUCAAGGAGUGCACUUCGCGUGGUGACUGGGGAAGGAAGGUGUCCCUCAUGGCAUUCGAUCUCAUCGCCGCCUUGACAUGGCCCAUCGACGUUGCCAAGGAGCUGCAGGAGAUGAACGAGGAGGAAGUAGACGUCGUGACCGACUAUGCCAGUCUUCUCCGCGCACAGGUGCAAUACAAGACACUUCGCCAGCUCCUCAUCCUUAUCUUGCCCUGCUUCGCUAAACAGCGUCGCGACGAAAAGGAGGAACGCAUCAUCUCGCUAGGUCUGCACAUUGUCCGCAACCUGCUCUCUAUCAAGGACAUUGUUGCAGAGGACCGUGCCAUUGGAGAUAAGGAGGAACUCUCGACUCUUCAGUCCACCCUCAUCGCCCAGCUUGACGAGUUCACCUACCUUGAGCUCAUCGUCACGCUCGCAUCUAACGCCAACAAGACCGAGUUCAACCAGUACAACAUGCUGGUCCUCGACAUGGUGUAUCUCCUUUUCCGCUCCAUCAAGCCUGAAAAUCUGGCACAGGAUCAGAAGAGGGCGCCGAUGGAGAACCUUGUCAAGCUCCUCGAAGAGGAGAACCUGGCAAAGGCUCGCAAGGGCAAACACAACACUCGUCACUCGCGUUUUGGUACGACUAUCACUGUACGAACAGGAAGCCAAAAGGUCAUUCUCCAUUCCCAGAGUGCGAUCACCGCCAGCGCGGGUAAGCUUCUCGACGAGUCAAAGCGCCGAACGGCUACCAAGAUCAAAAAGGUCGACGAAUUGAUGGUCGACACCAUUCUCACCCCCGAGGUUAUUACUGUGCUCCAGGACUUUGCUCGUCAAUUCUUGGAUACUUUCAACAUCCGGCCCGCCGACAGCCUGCGCACCCUCUUUGUUGCUCGCUUUGCCGUCCAGUACAUUCUCGUGCUGAGGACGAAGGCUCUGACAGUCGCGGAGAAGGACGCCAAGCAUAAACAGGACAAUGGCGAGCAGACGGUCAUGGCCAAGGUCGACAGUGACCUGCCUCUAGGUUUGGUGGCGGCGAUGACCGAGUUGGACGCUGUCCGUUGGGUUGCUUCGAGAAUGAAAACAUCCAUGGACGACAAGGCCUGGACUGAGCUUCAAGCCAGUAUUGACUGCUUCUCCCACAUCUCAAGUAUUGAAGAGGAUACCGAGGUGUCCGAGAUCCUCCAGAACCAGCUGUACUACAACGGUGACAUUCUCGACGCGUCCCUCCAAGUCGUGGCGGGCUACACGACACAGAGUCUGGGAUACCUCGAGUCCAUCGUUCACUUUGCCUACGUCCUCCUCCGCAUGUUGGAUAAGUACUCCAAGAACAAGACGUUUAUGUUUAUGCGCAAGCGUAAAGCUUCCCGCAAAAAGCGACUUGGUGCAGAGAAGGCCAAGGCUGCCACCGAUGGUGAGGCGCCAAUUCCUGAGGAGUAUGCCUACUCUGAGGAAGAGGACAAUGUUCCCGACAAAGAGGCGCCAAGCUACGCGGAACAUGCCUUCACCUUUGCUGCGUUCGAAAAGGUGGAAUCCGUCACCAACACGCUACUUGCCUACCUCAUGCGGUACCGCACCUUCAACACCAACGAGCAGCUCCGCCGCGUAGUUGGUCUCAUGCACCGCCAGGUGGUCAAGGCCGGCGCGGAGAGCCUUUACUUCACUGUCCCCACCCUGUAUCUGUUCCGCAGCAUCUUGGACGACCAGCCGGGCCUUCCGAAAGGCGACAGUGCGCGGGAUCUCGUCCAAACGAUCAACUUCAUCCUGCGCAAGUUCUUCAAGCGCAUGGCAGAUGACCCCUUCCUCAUGGUUGAGGCUCUUACGCCCAAGUCUCGCUCGUCGAUGAAGAGUUAUGAUCACGAUGAGCACGACGACGGCAUGGCCGGUCAGCGCGAUCGUAUCCGCGAGAAGUUCAUCAAGAACAAGAACAUCCCAUGGAGUCAGCAGAUGGGUAUCGCUAUUGCCAUGGUGACUAAGAAGGACGGAGGACUGGGCUGGAUUAACGAGAUCCUGGACUUGCUAGACAUUGCUCUGGCAGGAAGGCAAGAGAUCAUGAUGAGCGUCCUGGCAGCGGCUCGAAAUGCCAAUCCAGACGACAGCGAAGACGAGGAUGACGAGAUUCGCAACCUCAAUGUGCCUAGCAAGGAAGCAGUGGACAAGUUCCAGCAGCAAGCUACCAAGCGCGACCCUCAUCUCCGCCUCAUGCUGCGCCUGCUGCACUUUGACGCCACCGACGUCGAGAGCGUCGACGAGCAGACAUGGUUCCUUCCCGCACUUGUCCUUCCCAGCGCCAUCGAGAUGGCCGUCGGUGCAGUGAGGCAGUUCCUCAGCGAUCCAGCCGAUGUCGACGACGAAAAGGCCGUGUUGCGCAAGGUUCGAGCUCCUCAGAAGCGUGCAAGGGCCAUUCCCGAGUACGACUCGGACGGCGAAGAGAUCGAGAUUGUUCGCCCUCCGCGCAAGCGCAAGCAAGCCGAGAUCCAGACCUUCAAGUCGGCCAUGUUCAUCGAGGACUCGGACGACGACGAAGAGGCUGAUGCCGCGUUCUUUGCGCGUGAAGCUCUGCUGCGUGCUGAAAUGGAAGAACUGGCCCAGCAGCGUGGUACUGCCACGAUGCUUGCUACGGGAACCAAGAAGCGAAAGCGCAAGGCGAAGCAGGUUCCUGCUGUCCAGGAUGAGGACGACGAGCCUGUUGAGCCGGUGGAGGAGGACAUGGAUGAGGAAGAGGAGGAGCCUAUUGAGGGCCAGGACGAACCCAUGGAGGCGGACGACGAGGACGACGAGGCGCUGCCACCAACACGCCGCAGCCGUACCCGCAGCCCCCGUGUGGCCGACCCCGACAGCGACGUCGACUCGCCAGCGCGCGCCCGUCCGCGCCUACGCACCCAGCGGGUUAUUGACCCAGACGACGAUGACGAGUAG